AUGGAAGAAGUAAAUAAUACAGCAGUGGCUGAAUUCAUCCUUUCUGGGUUAACAGAGAACCCAAACCUCCAGUUGCCUCUGUUCUUCAUCUUUCUAGGAGUCUAUUUGGUUACAGUUGUGGGAAACAUGGGCAUGAUCAUCUUGAUUCUGUUCAGUUCUCAGCUGCACACGCCCAUGUAUUAUUUACUCAGCAGUCUGUCCUUUAUUGACUGCUGUCAGUCCACUGUCAUUACUCCCAAAAUGCUGAUGAACUUUGUGACAGAAAAGAAUGUCAUCCCAUACCCAGAAUGCAUAGCUCAAUUUUACUUCUUCGGUGCUUUUGCUGUUGCAGAAUGCCACAUGUUGGCUGCAAUGGCAUAUGACCGCUAUGUGGCUAUCGCCAAUCCUUUGCUUUACUAUGUAACCAUGUCCUAUCAAGUCUGUUUGUGGAUGAUAGCUGGGGUAUAUGGUAUGGGCUUACUAAGUGCCACAACUCAUACUGUCUUUCUGCUGAGAGUGAUUUUCUGCAAGGCUAAUAUAAUAAGGCAUUAUUUCUGCGAUCUUUUCCCAUUACUGGAGCUCUCAUGCUCCAGUACUUUUAUCAAUGAAAUUCUUGCACUGUCCUUCAGUGCAUUUCACAUUAUAGCACCAACUGUGACCAUCCUUAGCUCUUACAUCUUCAUCAUUGUCAACAUUCUCCGCAUUCAAUCCACUGGGGGAAGAUACAAGGCCUUCAGUACCUGCAGUUCUCACAUUAUGGCUGUUGCCAUCUUCUUUGGCUCGACAGCUUUCAUGUACCUUCAGCCAUCAUCAGUUAGCUCCCUGGGUCAAGGGAAAUUGUCAUCUGUGUUUUAUACCAUUGUUGUGCCUAUGUUGAAUCCCAUGAUCUACAGCCUGAGAAAUAAAGAUGUCAAAGUUGCGUUUAAAAUGUUACUCAAAAAGUGUUUCUUCUCAACAAAGACUAAUUUUGUUUAG